CCAGGCUCGGAGCGGUCGCAUUGCCAUUCUGAGAGUUGGAUGAGUCGGAAGGUGUGGAAUUAGAAGCAGAGUUGCUGAAGUUUGACGGUGCGUAUGGCGAGGAGGAAGAGGAGUGACGGAUCGAGAGUAGUGGUGUGAGACGUUGCGGGUUGCGGCAUUGCUGCAUGCAGUGCGUUGCCCUCGACGCUCGUGUCAUAUGCGUAGCCAUGGCUGAGGCCGGAUGCAGUUACGAGCUCGUUUCAAUGGAGGCUGAAAUGCUGGGAUGCGAAGGUUGCUGAGUUGCAGGAAUAAAGCCGGAGGAAAGAUUUUCCGUCUCCGGGCUUCUUUAUUGAAGUGCCUUUUCUGGGAGCGGACAUGAUGCCUUUCAUGUCGCUUCUGGCUUUUCUUCCGGUGGCCUCAACCUUGCCAUGGACACUUCAACAGGACCCGAGAGUAUCUGAACGACCAGGUCUAGUCUGGUCAGGAUACGACUUGGACUCAGAGGCUAGGUGUGCUGGUGGCUAAAAUUCUGAGCAUGGCUGUAGGAGUGGCCGCUAGUGAGACACCUACAGUGGCCGGCAAGAAUGCGUUGGACGUCGAACCAACCUCCCUGCACAUUUACUCUGCUUGAUUGGAUCCAAAGAAGAGUACGCGGCACGACUCGUAUGAUGAAGACGUAGUCGGACAAAUGACCAUGUGACGAUGCAGUUUGCACGUAAGUUGGGUGGGCGGGGAUGCGUCGAGUAUCCGGUUGAUUUGGCAUCUUCUUGUGCUACCAGAUUGUCAUCCAAAGUGUCAUCCAAAGCGUCCGCCGCUGAACGUCCGCGGAACAAUGUCAUCGCUCAAUUUGCAUUGGCAGCGACUAACCACUGCGCCUUGUGUCAGACAGCUGGUCGAGUGCUGGAGUGCUUACUCAUACGACGACUAAGAGAAUAUCCUACAGUUGCCUACGUCUCGGAUCAACAAAUUGCUGUGCGCGACGUAGCAACGGCUUUCAGCCCGACUCCAGUGCCUUUCGACCGGCCACCAUACGCACAUGGACGGAUGUCGUAGGUGUCACAAUGCCGGCAGAUGCAGAAAUUCAAUAUUGCAAUACACUGCCAACAGCCGUUAAACCAAUGCAGCAGAGGAUCUCGAAGCUGGCUUGGAGAACGAUAGAUCCGCAAAGUUCGGGUAACUGAAGUCUCACGAUUCCACGCAUAGUUCCAGCGCGGACCCUCGCUCGAUGGGCUACCUCUACUUCGACCUAAUGCGCAUCAUCUCACAGUUAUCCGUCGGCAGGUGUUUUCCGAUCAGUGUGAACACAAAGCAGCAUAUGUUGAGGUCGGUCAUCCCACCCACUGUGACACACUGCGCUGGAUCGUGGCCUAUCCAACCAUCGCGGUAUGACAGUCAAUGACCGAGCCAAGCAACAUGAUAAGUGGCCUCGGAGCAUCGGGUGCGAAGACGGUGAGAUGCGCCCAUGCAAACCGCAUCUUCUGCUUCGUGACGCAGCCUCAUCAAUGCCCGAAACCGACCAUGUUGAGCGAGGGUUGUGCGAGCGAGGCGACAAACCCCCUGUGGACGACAAUGUUGUGCUGCGAACGAACUCCAUCUGUGGUCAGCCGAUGAACAUUUACUUGCCCAUACGAGCAGUUACCCGCUGGUGACAUUUCAGCAGGAGCAUAUAAGUCUGCAAGACCUUCAAGAGUCGUUCGGGUGGCCUCUCACGUCAAUUGACUGCAAUCUUCACAACAUCCGCCCCUCGAUCACUGCAACAGCAAUCCAUACACCAUGGCGCCCAAACCUCACUUACCUCGAUUCGGGUACCCCAAAUCGGGGGCUGUGAUGGGCUUCUUGCCCGAUGUGCAUAGAAACCACACCACUGCUUUCAUGUCCGAAUUUACAGGAACAUUCUUGUUCCUCUUUUUUGCACUUUCCAUCGUCCAGGUCGUGCACACGCCUCCCCCAACCAAUAGCCACGCUGGCCCCGAUUUGUUGGGCAUCUUCCUCAUCUCACUCGGAUUCGGAACAUCUGUGGCAAUCAAUGUCUGGCUAUUCUAUCGUGUCAGUGGCGGAAUGUUUAAUCCAGCGGUCACCCUCACACUCCUCCUGGUUGGCGCCGUGCCUACUACACGAGCUUGCGUGGUUGUCGUAGCACAGAUCCUUGGUGCCAUUGCCGCCUCUGCAGUUGUAUCGGCUCUGUUCCCCGGUUCUAUGGCCGUCAACUGCCGGCUUGGUGACGGAACAUCGAUCGCUCGCGGCCUCUUCAUCGAGAUGUUCACGACAGCCGAGCUUUCAUUCUCUGUCAUCAUGCUGGCCGCCAUCAAGCAUAAAGCUACCUUCCUGGCGCCCAUCGGCAUUGGCCUGGCCUUGUUUAUUGGGAAUAUGUGCAGCGUUUAUUAUAGCGGUGCUGGUGUCAACCCUGUCCGCGCGUUUGGUCCUGAUGUCGUCGACCACAGUUUUCCGGGCUACCAUUGGAUCUACUGGAUAGGCCCGUUCUUGGGCUCCUUUCUGGCAGCAGGCUUUUACUAUCUUCUCGAGGCAUUUGAUUGGAAGACGGCCAAUCCAGGUCAGGAUUAUGAUGACCUUGAAACGCAAAUGAUUACGCCAUCGAAGAAGACCGAUCGUCCUAAUGUCGCGCACUCAGGGCUGAGUGGUAUGGACAAGGCCUCAUCGGACAAGGAGGGUCUCAAUGCUCGACCUCAUCUCAAUGAUCAGGGCACAUCAGUCCCUGAGCAUCGGCAGCGGGAAGCUUUCUGAGCUGCACCUUUAUGCGGACGUUGUCUUCUUCGUGGGAAACUCUUCAGUGGUCUGGCACUUAACCAACCAGCCCCCCUAAUAGUGUGUCCAACUACGUCGAGUAAAGGGCGUCAACGUGAUGUAUUGAGAAUGAUCUUGUAGUGACUGCAUCGGAGUGAGAAUUUGAAGGAUUGGGAUCGGUCGGUGCACGGUGUUCGCGGGAUGAGGAUACGCUGGAAGUGUGAAGAGUCGCGAUUGUUUCAAGGAAGCCAUCAUGGAGAGCUCGUUCUAGAUCAAAGACUCUUCAGAGAUGCAGAAGCAUUGAGUAUCUGCAAGUCUCUAUGAGAAAUACGGCAAC